AUGAUGGCAUUCUUAGACUCCCUCGAAGUACCAGCGCAGCCGCAUCUUGACACCUCAGCAGUCUGUGCUCACACCGGCGGCUCGGAGUUUGUACUGCGCCAAAGCGAGGUCUAUUUCGACGGGAACUUGAAGAUGGACGACGCUGCGGUUGCUGACGUGCCAACGCCGCGCUUGCCGCGUCGCCGUCCACUUGACGGAACAGCGGAGCUACGCGCGGCCGUUGCUCCAAGCCCCCAGACUGAUGGCUCAGCCGUUGUUUCCCACUCGCAGGCCCCGGACGCCGUUGGAUUAAUUCCCUGUUCUGAGAACGAGCUGCGAUGCGCUGCGGUGGAUGGCGACAAGGAAGGCGGCGAAUCCUUGGGAGCAGCCGCUGCAGCGGCCUCGGGUGCUCGACCCGGGUUUUCGUGGCAGUGCGGCUCGUCAGCAUGCGUCAAUCCCUCCUCGUCUAACGCCACCACUGAUGGCAGUCGUGACGGCUCCGCCAGGGGCGGAAGCAGCGGCGAGGAGUAUCCUGAGAGGUCACACGCACUCGCUGGGAGAGCCGGGAACUCGCUGUUUGAGGAUUGGACGGAUCUGCGCGGCAGGCGGCCGCGGGUGGCAGGAGGAGGCAGCGCCACUACGCCUGGCAAGGAAGCAUUGGUGAAGUCGACGGAGGGUCGACGGCCCAUCUUCCACCAGAAGACCCCGUCGGGCCGCAUCCUGCAGGAGCUGUUCGACCUGGAAAGCGGGCCCUUGGAUUUGGAGUUCCUAGUCAGUCUGCGCACGCUCAGCCGCUCCUCUUCCACUCGCUCCUCGUCCGCGCGCUCCUCGUCUUACGCCCGUGACAUGCCGACCGCCACGCCCUCCCGGCCCCCCACCUCUCUCGUUACGGCUUCCCCUGCUGCUUCUCCUGCUGCUGCUUCAGAUGGCCCGGCCCUGUCAGGUGCUGCAUCCGCCUCUGCCUCACCCGGUUCAGAAGCUACUACUGAGUCUGCUGGCUCUGCUUCUUCAGAAUCUCACGUCCCUCAAAGCUCUGCUCUUGUUCCUGCAACUCCAGCUUCUCCUGCUCCCGAUGAAGAGAUUGACAAUCAUUGCGAUACUGAUGAGGAUUGCAGCGUUGACGAGGAGGACGAGGCAGCAGCAGCGGCGGCGUCAGCAUGGGCGGCGGAGGAGCUGGUUGACGGGUCGGUGUCGCAUGCUGCUUCCGACUCGCGCGGCUGGAUCGCCUCUGCUGCGCGCUCUCGUUUCAUCUCUCGCAUUGCCAGCAGCUUCAACUACUCCUCCCUGCACGGCCGCCGCGGCCUCUUUGGCUUGCGUGCCAAGAGUUGCAGUGGCAACAGUAGCAGCAGCAGCAUCACCACCACCACCACAAACGCCACCACCACCACCACCACCACCAACAACAACACCACGGUUGGUGAGAAUGGGAACAGCAUGGAAGCAAUAAGAUCGAGUGUGGCAGUGUCGGCUGCUGCUUCUUCUGCUGCUAGCAGUGUGGCUGGCAGUGGCAGGUCUGGAAACAGAGUGGGAAGUGGCACUUGGUCGCUGAUCCGCCGCGGAACCAUGCCCGUGAUAAGGCACGGACCCAUGGCAACAGCUCUGGAUGGCAGCUUAGACCACUUCGCUGCUGCUGCCACUUGUGAGAUGUUUGCUGCCGUCCAUGCUAGUGCCUCAGAAGGCGAGAUCAGGCACGCUUUCCCUCUGCCACCAAUCCCUCUCCCCACUGCUGCUGCUGCUGCUGCUGGCGGGACAAGUGCCAGUGCAGGUCAUCACAAGGAAAUCAGUAGUGCCCCUAGUGGUCACUGUGUGGCCGGCAGCAGAGGCUGCGCUCCCAGCAGCUCUAUAGGAGUAGCCAACAGCAACAGCGGCAGCAGCGCGGGAGUGGGAAGCAGCGGCAGCAGCAGCAGAGGCGUGGGCAAGGCGAGCAUGGUGGCGUGGAAAGAGCCAGAGCCGAGCAUCCACGAUGCUGCAUGGCGAAUGCUGGUGCUGCAGCAGCAGAAGAUCGCCACAAUGGAAGAGGAGAUUAUGCUUCUCAGACAGCGGUGCCGCGUGGCUGGACCAGCCUCGGAGAAAAGCAGAAGCGGAGGGGGAGCGGUGACAGCUGCUGGCUCAUCCGGGUGUGAUGCUUUUGUGUCGGAGGAACAGGGUGCGGGAGGGGCGUCAGGAGCCCUGUACGCCGGGCUUGGGCAGUAUUCGGUGAUAAGCGUGCACAGAGGGUCGAGAGAGGGAGCGCCGGCAAGGGCGGAAAGCAAGAGUCUUAACCUUUCGCUUUUGGAAACAGGCAGUGAUGCUCUGGACUCUGGCCAUCCGGGUUCAUCCUCGGAUAACCCCGUCUCGCCUCGGUUUUCCCCACGGCCUGCUGUUGCGGCCAUGGGUGCUGCGGCUGCGGCUGCUGCUGCUGCUACCGGGAAGACUCGGGCGUCAAGUCCCUCUGCAGGCGGUAUUCGGCCUGGUUUCAGGGUUUUUUAG